AUGCCCGAGACUGAGUCAUUGACCGACCGUAUACCCCAGAUCCAGUUAUCACACGAUGAUCGCUACGCAGUUGCCGCUGAAUUCCUCAAGACCUUCGGAAACCCAAACCCAACCCUACUUGGCUUCCUAGUCUCGUCUUAUGAGCUUGGAGCUCUGUUUGGAGCAGUCUUCGUCUUCCUUCUAGGAGAUCGAUACGGUCGUAGACCCAUCAAGUUGACAGGAGCUGGCGUCAUCUCAAUCGGUGCUAUGAUUCAGUGCACUUCCUUCGGAGUACCUCAAUUCCUUGUGGGACGUAUCGUUGCUGGCUUUGGCCUCGGUAUGAUGACUUCUGUCAUCCCUAUCUGGCUUGCAGAAUGUGCUGCACCGAAGUCUCGUGGUCGAAUGAUUGCCAUGCAGCUGUCUAACCUGAUCAUGGGUCUCAUCAUUGCCAACUGGCUGGACUACGGCAUGGCAUCAUACCCAUCUAGCAUCCAAUGGAGGUUUCCGUGUGCUUUCCAGAUCGCUUUCUGUAUCUGCGUAGGCUGCCUGGUGCCUUUCCUGCCAGAAUCACCUCGUUACCUAGCAAAGACUGGAGAUCUAGGUCUUGCCAUCAACAAUCUCGCUGCCUUGCGUGGCAUGCAUCCGGACGAUCCGGAGUUGCAACAAGAGAUGAAGGACAUCGAGUAUAUCGUCGAAGUCGAGCAGCGAGAAGAAGGAACCUGGAGUGAUGUGUUCAAGGACGGCGGCAUCAGCGGUUCCACUCGCGUUCUUAUCGCUUGUGUCGCCAAUGCACUUCAGCAGCUCACUGGUUCCAACGUCAUGUCCAGCUUCGGACCAUACAUCUUCCAACACUCGAUCGGCAUGACCCGUCACCAGGCCCUCUUGGUGUCCGGAGGUCUACAGGUCUUCUUCUUCGUCAGCAGUAUUAUUCCAUGGUUUCUCAUCGACAGAGUUGGUCGACGUCGACUAUUCCUGUUUGGAUCAACUGGUCUUGGACUCUGCAUGGCAUUGUCAGCUGUUUUUGUUGGCGUCAAGGGCAACAAAAGCCUUGGUUAUGGUGCAGCUGUCAUGUUGUACCUUUACCAAACUUGCUUCACAGUCGGCUGGAUGAGCAACAUGUGGGUUUACCCUUCGGAACUUCUCCCACUCAAGCUUCGUCUGCGCGGAGCCGCACUCUCCGUCGUCUUCCAAUGGCUCGCCACUUUCCUCGUUGUCGAGAUCGUGCCGCCGAUGAUCAGCAGCAUCGGCUACAAGUCCUACAUUGUCUUUGCAGCCAUCAACGUUGCGACCAUCCCCAUUGUCUACUUCUUCUUCGUUGAGACCUCCAAGCUACCACUUGAAGCGGUUGACGUCCUGUUUGCAGACCGCGAUGGCAAACGCCCUAGUAUCUUCCAAGUCGUUCGGGACAGCAAGAACAAGGAAUACAUGGCGGCUGUUGUGAGCAGACUUCACCAAGAGGCGGAGACUCAGGUUGGAUACAAGAGCGACUUGAAGGCGGAAGUCAUCCAUGCCGAGAAGGUGGAUGCCUGA